AAGCAGGAAACUUUGAAUAUAUAUUUUCGAAAUAUAUCUGAACGCAUUUUCCAAAAAAAUGUACAUAGUUGCAUUACUUAACAGUAGUUAGAAAAGUCAACUAAGUUCUGUAAUUGAGCAUUUAUAUUUGCAUUAAUUGAAAGUAUGGUUUAAAUUUUGGAUUAGUUAUAAAUAACAAUACUGGAAAUAUACUUCCCUGAUUUUUAGGGGGUUUAUUAUUGUACAAAUAUGUCUAUUUUUCAGAUAUUAGUUAUUAUAAAAUAUCAUCCAACCGAGAAAACAACAAUGAAAUUGUUCGUAUUGGUUGCGUUUUGCAUGGUUAUUGUUGCCUGUGACGCAUUGAGCUGCCCCACGUGCAAUAAAAAGAAAUGUCCCUACUUAUACUGUCGCGGCAGGUCCGAAGUUCCCAACCCAUGCGAGUGUUGCAAUGAAUGCGCAAAACUGGAAGGUGAAGAAUGUGGAGGUCCGUGGCACAUUUACGGAAAAUGUGACCCCAGGAGAUGGGACUUGGAUUGCGUCAAGGGUCCGAUUUGUGACAAAAAGCCAACAAAAGAUUUCAACGCCAAAGGAAUCUGCAUGCGAAGAAGAACUGUUAAAAUCAUCAAAAAAUAUUGCAAUAAGUACCCAGUUUGUAUGAAGGAGUAAUAGAUACAAUGACGAAUUUUCUUUUACAUGGCCUGAUGAACAACAAAAAGUACCAGGAUUUAAUAAAUGUUUAAUUUUACUUUAAAA